GAUUGGAGCUUGAAAGACUUUGAUAUUGGUCGUCCGUUGGGAAAAGGACAUUUUGGAAAAGUAUACCUUGCAAGAGUACGAAAACCAGGGGCAGAAUCAUUUGUGCUCGUUUUGAAAUGUCUUGCCAAGGACGAGGUAGCAAGCAAGGGCGUUCAAACGCAAGUGAGGAGGGAAAUCGAGGUCAUGCAACAACUAAGGCAUCCUAACAUCAUUCGACUUUACGGCUGGUUUCAUGAUUCACAGCGUAUCUAUCUCAUGCUAGAAUAUGCCGCAGGACAAGGUGAAUUGUUCAAACAUCUUCGUAAAGCCGGUCGUUUCUCUGAAUCACGAUCAGCUCGAUAUAUAUCUCAAGUCUCAGAUGGACUGGCAUACCUUCAUACAAAAAAUAUCAUACACAGGGAUAUCAAACCAGAAAAUUUACUCUUAGGGAUGCAAGGGGAGGUGAAAGUUGGGGAUUUUGGAUGGAGUGUUUACGCCCCUUCAGAAGACAGUCAAAGGACUAUAGCUGGUACUUUGUCUUAUGUUGCACCUGAGAUGAUCCUCGGUCAGGCAUAUGGACGUGCAGUAGAUAUUUGGGCGUUGGGUGUUCUCACAUAUGAACUUGUUUGUGGUGCAGAACCCUUCGGAGCGGAUAAUCCAAGAACUCGGAUUUGCCGUUGCGAGCUUUCGUUCCCCGAUUUUGUUUCUAUCAACGCGAGAUCAUUCAUGCACAAGCUAUUAUGCCUGACUCCCAAUGAGCGACUACCUCUCGAUAGGAUACGAGACGAAGAGUGGAUAGUCGAGAGUGUCAGAUGA